UAUUGGUUUUGUUUGGUUCCCUCGUCCACUUGCUGUUAUCACCAGAAUGAACAGUAGUAUCCAGGGUGUUUGAACAAAGUGAUCUUCCAUUUAUUUCCUUAGACUUAAUUUUCUUUAUCGUUGAUUUUAGCAUCACGACCUGUUCUUAGUUAAGUGCUGAAGACUUUUCCUAGUCCCUCCAAUUGUUAUCACUAUCCAAAACUCAAGGUUACUGAUCUAUCUCCAAGUCUCAUAUCAGCCAAGUAUUUCAUUUUCCUCCUCUCUCAAGAUAUUUUGUCUGAAUUUUUAAGGGAAUGGAAGGCUGGUUGCAUGUAUCUAUAAUGACGUUGAUGUUGAAUAAAGUCUCGUUUUCUCAAGCCUUCUUAAUUAAAGUGCUCAACUGACAGCCCUAAAAUGGCAGAGAGGUCUCUCACAUACCCAUGGCUCAUUUCAAUAUUGCAAUCAUCGGUUUUCAUCCUUUUCCUCCAUGGCCAAACCUCAGGAGAUGAUACUAGUUAUUCGGCAGUUGUUGAUCUCGGGAAGGAACACAUUCAAGGUAACAGCUCAAAAUGUGGUUUUUUUGGGCCCAUAGAGAAUGGAAAAAUUGAACUGUCUGCGUAUGAUGAAAAUGAAGUCCGCCAAUUCUAUACUGUAUCUUGUCAUCCAGGGUUUGAACUCAAUGGACCAUCUCGGCUUGUAUGCGAAAAAGGAGUUUGGGUGAAUUCCUCAUGGCCCUAUUGUGUCCAAAAAUGUGUUGCACCAGAAAUGAUAAUGAAUGGUGCUGUUGCAAUCGAUGGACGAAGUAAAGAGGAUGGAUUUUUCCUGCCUAAUGCAAAAGCACAUUACAUGUGCCAAGAUGGAUUUUUCCUCUCACCAAGCAUUUCAAAAGAGCGACAAUGUAUCAAUGGUUCUUGGAGUGGAAGAACGCCAGUUUGCAUACGGACGCAAUGCAAUCCUCCAGAACCUCUUGAAAAUGGUUAUCUAGUGGACCGGUAUCACAAAGGAGGCGUUUACUCAAAUGGAGACAUAAUUCUCUAUGGAUGUGAAGAGGGUUUUACUUUGGAAGGUUAUUCCGCAUCAGUGUGUAAUGGAGAGGGUGAGUGGACUCCCAGUGCGAAUCGGAGGUGCGUCAGUAAGAUUGAAGUAGAGUUCAAAAGCAAAUUGGCUGAAGCUCCUGUUUGCCCUCCACCGCCUAACAUUCCUUUCGUCAAAUUCACACGGGUAGAAGGCAUGCAAAUAGCGAAUAAUGUUUUGUCAGGAAGUAUGUUCCAAGCACACUGCCAACCAGGCUACCAAAAUGUUCUCUCGCCUUGUGUUCCUGCGAUUUUUACCUGUAACAAUGGUGUUUGGAAAGGAGAAAUUCCCAAAUGCGAGAAAGUAACCAGUUGUGUUGAACCAGUGAGUGUGUCUCAAAAUGGUCUUCGAUUCAACGUACCACUAGGAACUGAAAUGUCAGGGUCUUUCAGAAUCGGUUCAAAAGUGAUUUAUGAUUGUCUGCCGGGUUAUAUCCUUCACGGAGAAGCUGUUCUCACUUGUUCCAAAUCCGGGUGUUGGGAACCCAAUGCACUGCCUAAAUGCCUUCCUCAAGCUCAGUUGCUCCCAACGUUCAACGGGCGUCCAGUAGACUACGUUAGCGGCACUCUUUUAGUAACUCUCCUCACUGCUGUAACUAUACUCCUGGUCUUGCUUGGUAUUUGCUUGGUUUCUAUGCGCCAAAGGGCACCGCCACCUGCCAUCACAACUGUGCCUCCACCCACGCUCCUCCAGUCUCACCCUGACAGAUUGGCACUCAUCGCAUUUACAGACGCCGUUCAAGUUGGACAGUCUGGCCUGCCAAGCUACGAAGAGGCGACUCGUGAUCGGUUUAGUCAUCGAUUUCAUCGACCUCCCCAUUGGACACAGCCUUCACGUCGUGCUGUCACCCGGCAGCCUUCCAGUGUUGGAGGUGACUCAAUGGGAUCUACUGAUACUAUGACCAAUGAUUCUAACUCAACCAAUGUAACACUGGACACAGUAUCUUCUCACAGUGGCUCUCAGACUGCAUCAUGUCGCGCGAUUUGUGGAUCAUUGGCCUCUUUUGACACGUCCUCCGUCAUCAAUACUGAAGGUGUUCCGUUACUGGAGGAGAGUGAACAAGAAGAAAAUGCCAUCAAAGACAAUGAGAGUGGCUCAUUUAAAUCAGCCCAGCGUGUGUCACCGGAGUUAACGUGAUCCUUUCUCGCCUGAAGGAACAUAUCACUUUUUUGACAGUUCCAUGACUAUUGGUCUGUAUCUGCUCUGGCGGUCUUGUGUCUUCUUUGAAGGCUAAAUCCUUCUCACUUUCCCUUCACUUUUCCUGUCGUAAAUUUCGUAGGAAGGAGGUUGACAGUUGACAGUUCUUACCAAGGUCUCAUUCAAUUAAAGUGGUGCUUAUGUGUGAAUGUCAGAAACCUUGAGGAAAAAGGAGAUGAUAUCGGUGAGUUUUUCCUAAUUUUUGGAAUAUAUUUGCGGGGUUGAGAAACCUUUAAAGAAUGUCAAGCAUUAAGAAGUUUCGUAAAAGUUUUCAUGAGGUGAUGAUUUAUGGAUCACUAAAUUUAAUUCAAACUAACAUGAAGAAUCUCAAGAUUUUCAAAAUGACUUUAUCUUAAAUGCAGUUUUCAGUCGUAAAUUUGAAUGAUGGUGUUUUUUCUUAAAAUUUUUGAGAGUCUGUGAAAAGUAUGGUAUUUUGAUGAGGCUUGUGUUAUACUGAUCCUUAAACUCCAAAUGUGGUACUAACAUGUUAACUGCCAAAAUCGUUUCCGUGAAAUAGUUCCUGCUAGGCUUGGAAAACACGGCAAAAAAACGUGAGAAUUUGAAUUCUUCAAACUACGGUUUUUGCCCAUUGCGGGAUUACUAGUGCUUCCCAUCUGUUGCACACAUAAGUAAUAUUCUACCAUGAGUUCAUCAGAGAGCCUGCAGACAGUGUCUGUGUUGCACAGCAGCGUGAUGACAACCUACCAUUAAAAAUGCUGGCUAAUGUGACUGUUUUGGUCUACCAUGGCCAACAAAAGAAUAGUCUCAAUAGCUGGCUAAGCAUUGAAUGUGAUGCAUUGUAAGAACGAAUUUGCUUUUUGUGUUUUAAAAUUAGACUUUGUAGUACAUCCGUUCCCAGUUAAAAGUAAUUCAUUCCUAUAGUAUAUAAGGAUUCUGAUAUAUUUUCAGAUUAGACAUUCGAUUUUCGGUAGAAGAAUUCUUAUCAUCAAGCUCUUUAUUCAGUCAAAUACCUAAGUCCCAAAAUUAGAAGGUGUUAUCUCCUAAAUGUUUUUUUUACGUACUACAUCGAUUUUGAGAAAGAAUGUUCGUUUUGGGAAAUUAGAAUUGAUUUUAUCAAUUUUUUUAGUGGUCAAUUGUUUUGCUAUUCUCAUCAAGUUUCAACAUUGUUUACAACAACUCCAUACACAAAAAGCAAAAAAAAUGUUCUCAAUUAAUAGGGGGAAAAAAGUGUGAUGAAGAAAUUAGUCAGAUUUUCCUGGAGUUAGGUACUCAAAUGUGGUUUACUCACUUAAAGUUUAUGACAAUGCAUGUUAAUAUUUUCAGGAUAAUUAGUUUGAUGAUUGAUAAACUGUCCAAGGUUUAUUUAAGGGUCAAUCAAAUAUACCAUCUAGAUCAUACUUCUAUCCUCAGUUACAAGUGUAUAUCAAUUAGGAAAGAAAAAACCUCACAGAAAAGCUUCCUCUGCAUUUAUACGUGAUAUCUUGAAGCCUUUCUGCGAAUUUUAAAGCAGUUAACAAAUAAUGUGCUCCUUCAGCACCAUUUAUUAGGUAUCUUUAAAAAUUAGUAAUAGAAGUUUAAUUAUUCUAUUCUGUUUAUUAUCUAAUAUCAUGUAACUAAUGUGCUUUGAAAGCGAACGGGCCGAAGGUUCAAUGUAAAAAUGCAUUGAGUAGACAAGGAAAAAUUUCGCCCAGUUAUGGUACAUAAUUGUAUAUUUUAUUGAUUGCAUUUAGUGCUUUGAGAACAAAUCUAGUCGUCCCUUAGAAUUGAAAGGGGCCCCAUUUUCUUCACAUUGAAGUUUCUUCAUUUUACAGGCAUUAAAUCCAGUACCUGGGAAGAGAGAAAUAUUUAAUGGAAUUAACAGCAAGGUGGUAAAUACUGCCACAGUUUUUAAAAAUUGGAAUUGAUUCAUAUCAGAAAUAAAUUACCACAAGGCUUUUUUCUAGCAAGGGAUGGAUUCUACAAAAUGUGGAUUAUCACUGAGUUUGAGAAAAAAAUACCCUCCUCAUCAAAAUUGAUGUAUGUGGGCAUUUUCUCUCCUGGAAAAAAUUAAUUCUGAUCAAAGAAUCAUGACACGAUUGUAGUGUGGACAUUAAAAUACGGCCGAUGAGUUAUUUUCUAAAAUAGUCUCUCACUUUUUUCGGUCGAAUUGAUCUGAAAAAGUUUUGAGGCAUUCUUUUCAAUACUCAAUAUCACAUUCAUUCAAAGGUAAACACAUGUUUGAAUAAGAAAAUUAUUGAUAGUCCGUUAAAGAACUUUCAAUCCCCAUCCCUCGUUUUUUAUUUCUCUCUUCUAUCUGAGUAAGAUCUUUACUAGAAAUUAAGUGCUUUUAAUACAAAGUCUCUUGUAAUCGUCAGUGUUUUCAUUAACUGCCAUGAGUACUAGAAUGCAAGUUCUGAAAAAAAUUCUGGAUGGUUAAUUUUAUAUUUUUAAUUACGUGAGGUACCGCAAUUUUUAUUUCAUCCCUUUUGAAACAACUAGCUGAGUACCUCACCAAAUUUAUAAUUUGGACCUAUUUUUUUAAAUAUUUUACAUAAAAACCCAAGUAGGCACUCGUUUGGCGCUUCCAUGUAAAGAUUUCAACAAACACUUCCGACUCUUGGCUUAAUGCGAACCAAUUUUAGGUUCGAUUUCUCAAAAAAAUUUACAUAGAAAACUUGUAUUAGCAUGUGAAUUAAUUGUGAAGUUAUUUUUUUCAAACUUUUCAUUUGAAGAAUAAAGAAUUUUGUGUUGAACUAAACCUUA